AUGGUUAGAACUAGAGGCUUAGGUCGUGCCUUAGGUAGGGUUAUAGGUAGAGCCCUGGGGAGAGAGGAUGAUCAUCAUUCGGAUAAUGCCCAUGUUGUUGAGGAUGAGCCUGUGGUAGUUGCAGACAUACAUGCAGCUGGUGCAGACGCUGGUUAUGAUGUUGAGGGAUUUCCAGGUAGGCCACGUGACCCAUCAGUGCUUACCGAGUAUGCUAACCAUGUUGCAGUUAGCGACCGUCCUGAAUUGAAGUUAUCCUCCCAUGGGAGGAAAGUGCAGAAAUUUGGUAGGCCUGCUCCUGAAAUUGAGGGCCUAGGUACUGCCACAGGACUAAGUCCUUUGAUCACAUGUUCAAUAGACACUAGCGAUCGGGGACUUAUAUCUGCGUUCGUGGAGAGGUGGCACAGAGAAACUAGCAGUUUCCAUCUUCGUGUGGGGGAGGUUAGCAUCACCCUGGAUGAUGUGGCGACUUUGCUUUAUCUUCCCAUUGUUGGCGCCUUCCAUACCUUUGAGCCUCUGCACGUCGACGAGGUCGUGUUGAUGUUGGUGAAGUUACUAGAGGUCUCCGGAGAGGAAGCCAGGGCCGAGACAGCAUAG